AUGGCCUCGCCUCCGCAGCCGCCCUAUUUGCCUGUUGCUGCUGCCGCGUCGCUGCAACCGCCCACCCCCCGCCUCCGCGUGACCGCUCCGCCCCUCGCCGGCUCUGGCCACUGCCCGCUCGCGCCAGACUCCCCCACCGCGCUGCUCGCCCCCACGCGCUUCCGCCGGAGCCCCCUGCCCCAGCUCACCGACCUCGCCGCGCCGCCCGGCGGGCUGCCCCGUCGCCAGUGGCCUCGCCCCGCGCUCGGGCGCAGCGCCCCUCGUGCACGGGCGCGCGUGCCCGUUGACCCGCCCCGUCCCGCUGGCCUAAUGCCACUGCCAGCGGGCCCCUGUUGCCCUGACCUUUAA